CUGAUCGCCUGGCUGGAAGCCACCAUGGGUGGGGAUGACGUCCCCGAUGUCGCGGACAGCCCCGACCUGGCCAGCUUCCUCCGUGAGCUCCCUGACCUCUCUGGGUACGUGGGACAUGGCAGCUGCCCAAAGCAGCCAGCGGUGGCACUGGGGAUGGGGAACACCAACCCUCAUGUCCAUGACACCACAAACCCACCACCUGCCUCAACGAGCUCCCCGAUCUCUCCGAGCACAGGGCAGAGAACACCAGCCCCGGAGAGCGAGUGGCGGCGGUGACGCUGGAGGACGGCGAGGACACCAGCCGUGUCCCCAGCUCUCCCAGCAUCCUGACCCAGCCGCUGGACUUCUCCGAGUACGUGGCAGAUGGCGGCUGCUCCAAGAACACAGUGGUGGCCGUGGGGCUGGGGGACAGCGAGGACACCAUCCCUGAUAUCCUUCCUUGCCCCAACAGCCUCAGGGAGCUCGAUGGCUUCUGGGAGCAAGUGGACGACAGCACAUGCUCCCAGGACCAAGUGUCGCUGGCACAGCUCGGGGACAGCGCGGAUGCCGGCAUUACCACCUGUGGCCCCUGCAUGACCGCUGAGGUCGUCGAGGAGCUCCCAGACCUCCCCCAGGCAGAGGGCGGCUGCAUGGACAUGGAGGACCCAGUGACAGGGGAGAAGCUGCUCUACGGGGACACCACCUUCCCCGAUGGCCUUGACAGCCUGGCCAGCAGCACCCCUGUCACUGGGGACUUCUGGGAGCACGGCCCAGAGGGUGACAGCCCGCAGGAGCGCCUGGCGACGGCCAUGAUGGGGGACACUGACCCCUUCUGGGGGGUGAUGGCCUCCCCAUCACCGACUCCCUGGGGGUCAUGGGACACUGGGGACAAAGACCUGCAGGUCCCCCUGCCCAGCCCCCUGCCCAGCCCCCCACCUGCGCCCCAGCCUCGCCUGCCCUCCACAGCCCAACUCAUGGAGGAGCUGCAGCGCAGGCAGCUCCGGGUGCUGCUCACCCGCCUGCCCCUGCCACCGGGCACCGUCACCUGCCGGGGGCUGCCGGGACCGGGAGCUGCAGGCGCCAGAAACACCAAGCGCCCCGCGCCAGUGAGUGAUCCUGAGGGCCACAGGACUGCUCCGCUUGACACCAUCCCGCGGAAGCGCAGAACACUGUGACCAGGAGCCCUCCCGGCCACGAUCAUGCGCUGGCCCCGGCACCGCCAAGCGCUACGUUGCCACCUUCACCUGGCAACCCUGCUGGCCCCAAGCCUGGAGAAGAGGCCACGGCCCUGCCCGGCACCUCGCGGUCACCCAGGGGAACCACCAUCCACAACCAGGACCCCCCGGCCUGGUACCACCAGCACCGCGACCACCACCUCUACCCCUUCCUACUGCUGACAGCCACAGCACCGGCAUGCCCACUACCCACUGGGCCCGGCGUCCCCAGGAGCAGCGUCCCCACCCGGGCUGAAGACGCACUCAACGGGGGACACAGGACUGAACACCAGCGACCCGAACCCCAGCAGCCGAGCUGGCUGUGCCUGUGCCCACGGGGACAAUCCCAGCACAGGGACUGUGGCAGCAGCUGCCCGGGCCCCACGGCUGCUGCACCUCCCGCCGACUCCCCGCCGAUUCCUGGGCCCCUUGCCCAGCACGGGAAGGAUGGGGCAGGGGAUGCAUUUGGUCCCUCCAGGCUUUUGCUUAUAAAUAUCUGCUAUAACUUAUACCAGUGAGGAUUUCGCGGUGGUGGAAGCAGCUCACUGGUUAUGUGGCUUUUCACAGCUGUUCAAGAAUUCAGAGCAGGAUCUGGUCACAGGGAUGCUUCCCUCUGGUUUACUGGCCUCAAUGGGAUCCGUGCUGGAGACAUGGUAAAGGCAGCAGCAGGGGUGUCACCAGGCCCAGGGGACUGCAGUGGCCCAUCCCCUGGCCAUGGUUGGCACAGCCCACACUGUGUCCCACACCAGCACCAAGACACAGACAGUAUUGGGGCUACACAGAGAAAUAAACCCGCUCUGGGCGCAAGGUUUAGUGGCAAGGAGGCUGUUCUGAAGGAGGAGCG